AGUAGAUCCUGCAAGCACUAGCACCAACAUUGUGUCAAGCUGGUUGCUUUUCCCAGCCAGGCCCCUGUUGUGGACAUGUGGCAGCAAAUCCUACAGAGUGUCCGGUCUUAUGACUUGCCCCAAAGAAAUGUGAUUGCGGCUUCUUGUGCUCUAGGAGGUGGGAGCCUCCUCGUUUUUUGGCUUCUGUCUAGGCACAGGACAAGGACCAUAGAAAUGGGAGAUGGAUGGUGGGGCUCAGGCGAGAAGCCAUCGAGGGACAAAGAAAAUGAAAGUAUUAGACCUUUCCAAGUGAAAACAUCUGAGAAAGAAAUCCAGGAUUUGUAUCAGCGUCUUGAUCAGGCACGCUAUACACCACCGUUGGAUGGGGCUGCCUUCAACUAUGGUUUCAACUCUAACUAUCUUCAGAGAGUAGUCUCAUACUGGAGGAAUCAGUUUGACUGGGAGAAGCAAGUUAACAUCCUCAACCAGUACCCACAUUAUAAAACGACCAUUGAAGGGAUUGAAAUUCAUUUUAUCCAUGUGAAACCAAUUCACAUCCCAAAUGGUCAGACUCCUAGGCCUUUGCUGAUGGUACAUGGUUGGCCUGGCUCCUUCUAUGAAUUCUAUAAGAUCAUCCCACUGCUUACUAAUCCUAGCAGUGAUCUGGUGUUUGAGGUUAUCUGCCCAUCCAUCCCAGGCUAUGGCUUCUCUGAGGCACCACACAAGCAGGGCUUUAAUACAGUAGCUGCUGCUCGAAUCUUUCACAAGUUGAUGUACAGACUGGGAUUCCAAGAAUAUUACAUACAAGGUGGAGACUGGGGCUCUGCGAUCACCACAAACAUGGCCCAGAUGCUGCCCAAAUCUGUGAAGGGGCUUCAUCUGAACAUGUUCUUCCAAACUAAACUUGGUUUGUGUGAUUUAAUGUCUUUAAUGCUGGGAGCCUAUGUCCCAUGGUUAGUGGGGUUCACCAGAGAAGACUCACGCCGUUUAUUCCCAUAUUUUGAGAAGAAUGUGUAUUAUCUCUUGCGCGAGAGUGGCUACAUGCAUAUACAAGCCACCAAACCGGACACAGCAGGAUGUGGAUUGAAUAACUGCCCCGUUGGACUUGCUGCAUACAUCCUAGAAAAGUUCUCCACAUGGACAGAUAACAAAUUUACAAACUUGGAUGACGGAGGUUUGGAAAGGAAAUAUUCUCUGGAUGAUCUUUUGACCAAUAUUAUGAUUUACUGGGUGACAUCCACCAUUGUGCCAUCAAUGCGCUUUUACAAGGAGAAUUUUUCCAAGAAUCCAAGCACUACUCCCAGUGGCAGGACUGGAGUUUAUGUUCCCACUGGUGUUGCUGCCUUCCCUAAUGAACUUGGACACAGCCCACGGUCCUGGGUAAAAAGGAAGAUGAAGAAACUUGUCACUUACACCUACAUGCCACGAGGUGGCCACUUCGCUGCUUUUGAGGAACCAGAGCUCUUGGCUCAGGACAUCAAGCAAUUUGUCCGGAAAGUGGAACAUCUGUGAGGCAGCACCUGUAAAUCAUCAUUGCAAUAAUUGUGCUUAGGAAGACGUCGGUUUUAGACACUGUAAUCCAUUCAUGGAUGGGCAUUUUGCAGUUCUGGACUACAGCCAUGUCCCUUAUAACAGAUCCAUAGACCAUCAUCAAUAAAGACCUGCAAAUAAAAUAAGCUUCACCAUCCUCUUUAACAACUGAA